GCUCCCAGCUGUUGGGUCGAGGCACCAGUCGAGCGCAGACUUGCUUAGACCUGGUGACCAUUCCAGUCUGCGAUGAGUGCAUAAGAGACGAACGUUCAUAAAAAAAAAAAGAAAUGUUAAGUAAGAUUUGGAAUGCACUGGAAGGACAAAAACGCUGCGUAACAGACACAUCACGCCUGCGACGAAGAGGGGCUGGUGCGCUUUGGCACUGAAGGGAAAGUCCAGAAUUUCUGAGCGUUAAGGAAAAAAGGUCUGCACAUUUCAGCAGUGAGCAUGUUACCUUGGACUAUUUUCUGUAAUUUAGAAUCAUAAUUACAAACUUGAGAUCCAGACUAAAGGGUGGGGAGCGCCUCUUUCUUGCUCAUUUGGCUCUUUCCAACCGUGCCAAUGCUGGAAUGGCUUGUUGCUCUGUGUAUUACGAUCCUGGUGGUCCUUUUCUGGCCAGGCUCCAAAUAUUUUGGCACCGAGAGCAAGACGGAUGCUUUGCUUCAAGGACUGGGGCUUUCUCAACAGGCAGCGAAGGAUAAAACCGGGAGGUGCGUCUCAGACCGAGAUGAGAGCGACAGCACGGGUGAGAAACCACGCGCCGUAGCAUUAAUCUGCAAACCGUCCGCUCUGGCCAACUACCUCCUGAAACACUGCAGGACUUUCAGUCAUUACACCCCGUGUCUCGGGUGGACGUGGCGGGCCAGCGCCUUCCUGCAGAGUAUGUAUGAGGCAUGCUGGCCGUAUGAAAGCCCGGUCCAGUUCGUGCGGGACAACCUGCAACUGAGUGAUGACGGGCUUGUGGCCUUGGACUGGGCUGUGCCAUCCUACCAGAAACGACGCAGGACUUCCAGUCACUCCACGAGUCCUAUUCUGCUCAUCAUCCCCAACUCUUUUGGGAAGAUCACGAGAAAUGUGUUAAAGUUGUGUGAAACUGCACUCUCCCAUGGCUACCUUCCUGCAGUUUUCAACCGCCGCAGCCACAAUGGCACCCCGCUUACCACCCUCAAACUACAGCAGUUUGGUGACCCUGCAGAUCUGCGUGAGGCUGUGCGGUACAUCCGUUACCGGCAGCCUGCAGGGAGACUGUACGCAGUGAGCGAGAGCACCGGCUCAGGCCUCCUCCUGUCUUACCUAGGGGAGUGUGGAUCAUCCAGCUAUGUCACGGCGGCAGUCUGCCUGUCCCCCGUGUUCCGCUGUCAGAGCUGGUUUGAGAACGGGCUGUGCUGGCCUUUGCAAUGGGCGCUGGUGCUCUACCAGAAGAUCUGUCUCAGCAGGUACAAGACGGUGCUUGGUGAGACCAUACAGACAGACACCCUGUUUUCCAGCUGUUCCUUACGAGGCCUGGAGGAGUCGCUGUUCUGUCAGAAUGGACACACAAGCUCUGCACCAGCAGCACCGGCAGCACCAUCAGGGACCAGUAUUAGCAGCACCUCAGGCAUGUGGGACACUUACUGGGAACGUAACGAACCCUUAAGAGAUGUGGAUGAAGUAGCUAUCCCUGUUUUGAGUGUGUGCUCCAAGGAUGACCCCAUCCGUGGUGACACCCAAUCCACAAUCCCCUUGGAACUCUUUGAGACCAACCCACAUUUUUUUCUCCUCCUGACUGAACGUGGAGGUCACUGUGGUUUCUCCACCCAGCUGGAGGAGAGUGCAUUUUGUGCAGUCGGUUCUGCAGGCGUGCCAAACAGCGGGAUCGAGAGACGAGGGACCAACUGGAGCCACAAAGCUCUGCUGGAAUUCUUCAGGGCGACCACAGACUUCUUUGCAGCGGAGGAGAGGGCAAAGCAGCUUGCCGCGAGGAGGAAGGGGCUCGGGGGAGGGGCAGGAGGAAGGGUUUUCCGCCACCGAAGUGUCAGUACGUGUAAACGAAUGCCAGCGUGUUCCCAUAAUAUCCAUGCCAUUUACAACUGGCAGAGGUCCUAUACACGAUAAGGGAGUCUAAUGGAAGUUAAUGGACUUCAACGAUGCUUUCUGAGCUGCAUGUGAGGGAUUCGGGUUGUUCUCCACCCUUCAGACACUCAGGAGUUGUGAGGUGCUGAGUUCAUAGUUACCCAGAAAGGAUGUGUGUUCUCACACACUUGAUGUGAGCGAUGAAAUUCAAGGGUCGUUAAAAGAUCAUGACAGACCACAAGCUCAUGCGCUGCUGCUUUCCGUUCAACAGCUGACACUAAACUUCAGACUGACAGCCAUUUAUAUUUCCUACAGACUGACACAAAUCUCUUCACCACCAGCUAUUAAAACUGAAGGAUUCUGUCACAGUUUAUAAACACACACACACAUGCACACACACACACACACAUGCACACACACACACAUGCACACACACAUGCACAUACACACACACACACGCACAUACACACACACACACACACACACACACACACACACACACACACACACACACACACACACACACAUCUGCCUCACAUUCAAUAGUUUGCUAUAUUUGCAACCACGACUGGGUAUUGUCAUUUGGCACACGUAUAAGCUCAACACAUGCGGUUGUAUAUCACUCAAAUAGUGUUUAUUGGGGAUGAAUGUGUUUAAAAAAUGUGCCUGGAGUAGAAAAAUAAAUUAAAUCAUGUAAAAAAGGUUGAAUAAACUUGAGCUACAUGUCAAACAGGGUUGAUAGACUUCACAGUAGCAUUGUACAGGGAGUUUACUGUUUGUAUCUUUGAAAUGUAUCAAUGUUCUGGUCCUGUGUUACCAAGAAUAAGAGAAUGCUAUGUGAUUGCCACUAAGUCUGCUGUAAGUGGAAAGUGUGUGUUGUAAUGGGAUAAUAUUUUUAAAAGCUAGGUGGCUGAAAGCUCUCAUUUUCCUGUCUCGUCUCUUAAUCUCUGUGCUGCAGCUUGAUGGCUGCUUUGGCACUGAGAUGGAGUCUUUGCGAUUUGGCAGUAUAAAGAAAGUUGAGACAUUUUUAAGUACUUGUAAAUGUAGGCACUCCUACAAACUUGGUGCGUCAGGGUGAUAAAUAAUACACAUUUUCAAUUAGGCAGAGUAUUGUGUUGGUAGUGUUUCCAUAAGGAACCCUAUAAAGUAGAGCUCAACAGUAUAAAGAAUGAAAAAGCAAAGGUUUGGAAUCAUGAUGUCAGGGUCCAAAAAUACCAGGCCCUGUUUGUUAACUAAUGUUUGUUUUAUAUUGUUUUAUAAGAAUAUUAUUUGCCUCUUAAAUGUAAUAUAUGAUGUGAUGAAAUUGCAAACAUGUAAGACUAAUAAAUUAACAAAGAUG